UCAUCGUGCGUCAAUGUGAUGAAUACCGAAAAUUACUAAUCGUCGGCUUUGUUUUACAGUGCGUGUAUUCUAUUUCAUUUGGUUGAUUGUUGUGGAAAUAAGCAAACGUCUUAUAAUUCAAUAUUGCGUUCUACGAAAGAUCUAAUAUUGCUAGUGUAUUAACUAAUUCCGGGAAGUUCUAGCCUAUCUUAUCUACAAUGGAGGAUCGCUCUUGUACCGAACGCGUCUACGGUGGGUGCGAAGGCCCAGACGCUAUGUACGUGAAACUUAUUUCUUCCGAUGGCCACGAAUUCAUCGUGAAGCGAGAGCACGCUCUGACCUCGGGAACGAUCAAGGCGAUGUUGUCCGGACCCGGUCAAUUCGCCGAAAACGAAGCUAAUGAGGUCAACUUUAGGGAAAUUCCGUCACAUGUUCUGGAGAAAGUGUGUAUGUAUUUUACUUAUAAAGUACGCUAUACAAACAGUUCGACCGAAAUACCCGAAUUUCCGAUUGCACCAGAGAUUGCGCUCGAGUUGUUGAUGGCAGCCAACUUUUUGGAUUGUUGAAAUGCAAACAGUUUAGGAGUAAUGAGGUUGUGGCUCGCAAUAGGUGAACCGUGGGGUAAAUAGAAGGAAUAACAUAACUCGAAAUGUUGCUAGAGGGGUGUCAACCGGAUGAGAAAUUACAGUGGAUUGGUAACCAUUUCUAAUACUCUUGAACGGUUUUUGUGAAGGCAUAAAUUUCCCGUCAAGUAUAUAAAUAAUAAAACACAUUUUCGGUUAUCGUGUAUAACAUGAGAACAAUCUUUACAUUUAAACUUAGACUUUUAAGCACCAUAAUUUAUUUGUUAUAUGUUGAUAGACAGAACUGAACCAAUUUUCAUUUCAUAUUUCCGUUGCCUCAGCAAGAAUAUAGGCGCGAUCACUGCAAUGUGUGCAGAUUUCUAAGACUAUAGGAGCGCCUCCUUUAGCAAUUAUAAUCAAAUUUUAUAUAAUCCUUGUAAUUUUAUGAUUUAUAUAUUUUGUAUUCAUUUUUGUUUAACUAUAUAAUAAUAAAUUCGAACUCUUGAAUAUUAUAUAUGUUGGUAACGGAUGCAAACUACUAGAACACAAUUAUUCAAACUAAAUAUUUUUAAACUGGCAUAAAAAUGAUGACAUAAAUGUCUAGCGAAUACAUCAAAAACGUUCAUAUAUCGA